ACUUAUUUAGUGUGCAAGCAUUGGGAUUUGAGCUCGUCGUGAUCAAAGCAAGGCAUGGAAGAUCGGCGCGCUCAUGCGGCCCAUACGGUCAUCACAGUCGGAACAGAGAACCCGGUUCCGCUGGUCCACACAACAGCCACUGCAGAGCCCCUGAUUACUCUGUUCUCCCCAAGAGAGCUCGUCCUUGACAGUCGUUGCAACGCAGGAGAUGUGUUUGGUACAGAAAUCGAGCAGAGGACGCGCCGUUCGCCCACGAUAAUACUUCAGCCUAGAGUGUUGGCAAGUAGACCUCUUCCAUUCGUGCCGAGACGAUUGUCUGGUCGGUCCCGCCUGUCUCGAAAUGACGUUGUGGGCGGUCAGGCGAACGUUCCCAUGACUGGGUUUCUCCCAAUUGUGCUGAAAAUGACCGUUCAGACAGAGCAGGACCUGCGAACGUCCUUUGUCCUGAGUCCCCACCUCUUGGACAACGGUAUCGGGAGAGCAGCUUCGAAUGCCGUGAGCAUCCCCGCAGACAAGCACAUGGCCGAGGUCAAUCACGCGGUUGUGCGGUUCGACCCUCAAGUCGGCGGGUAUUUUAUUUUGAGCAACCAAAGCACCUGCAAUGCUGACAUUGGCACGUACAUUCGGCUAACGCCGUGCGUCGCUGGCGACGUUGUGUCGACAAAGCAGUGGCCGUUGGAUGUCGGGUGCCGAUUUCGAGUGGGCAAGUCCGACUUUGAAGUGAUUGCUAUCGUCGGCGAGAAGCCUUCGAUGUCGUUGCGCGUUCAAUCGGGGAAGCUAGCUGGCAAAACCUACCUGUUCGAUGCUGCAGGUGGCACAAUCGGCCGGUCCGCAGACAACACAAUCCACACAGGUGACGGCGAACUCUCACGCCGCCAUGCUGCCGUGUGGUUUGACGACGGCAUGUUCUACCUCCAAGACAUCGGGUCCACCAACGCAACGUUCAUGCGGUUGUGCAGCGCGUACAGCGAUCCGUAUCGCCUGGAGAUCGGGGACCAGAUCCUCGUGUCCCAAACUUGCUUUUCCGUGAAUCGGUUUGACUUUGGCGUGUGCGAAAACAUGGGGGCGCGCAAGCACAUGGAAGAUGCCCAUACGAUCAUUCAGGAUCUCAACAUAUCAGGGCUGUCGGCCGCGGGGAUAUCUCCGCAGUCGUUUUUUGGCGUGUUCGAUGGCCAUGGGGGGUUGGAGGCAUCGCAAUACGUCAACGAUCACCUUCACAAGAACCUGCUCUGCCACAUCAACAAUCUGUGCCGCGACAACGGCAUGAAUGUGGACGACGUGCACAGCAUCAUCGCACGAGGCUUGACGUGCGCAUUUGAGACAACGGACACUGACUUUUUGAAGACUUCGAGUCGACCCCAAGCUGGCAGUACGGCGACUACUGUCGUCAUUGCUGGGUCCACCAUUUACACUGCCAAUGUUGGGGACUCGCGUACAGUCUUAAGUCGCAAUGGCCGAGGCAUUCGUCUUUCAAACGACCACAAACCUUCGAGACCGGACGAAGCGCAGAGGAUCCGAGAUACGGGCGGCUUCAUCAUUCAUGGACGCGUCAUGGGCGAGUUGGCCGUGUCGAGGGCGUUUGGCGACUGCGAAUUCAAGACGUACGAUGCAUACUCUAGUCAAACUGGACUGAGGCUUGAAGACGAGCAUGGAGUCGAGCAGCCGAUGAUCGAUCCAAGUGAGAUCCUCAAGGGUCCGUUGGUCAUUUCAACGCCGGAAAUCUCGCAAGUACAAAUCACAGAGCACGAUGAGUUCAUCCUCAUGGCGAGCGACGGCUUGUUCGAUGUCUUUGAAGACCAAGUAGCGGUGGACUUUAUCAGGCAUGAACUGAGCAAGUGCGGCGACAUUCAGCGCAGUGUUGAGAGGCUUGUCCAUCAUGCAAUAGAUGUCCGAGGAUCUCGAGACAACGUGACUGCGAUCGUUGUGAUGCUCAACUCGGUGCAGUACUAGACAGACCUACGACGUAACAUGGAGCUAAAGCAUGCAAUGGUCGUGUUUGAUGACGCAUAUCCC